GGGAGCAGCAAGAUGGCGGUGUCCAUGUCCUCAGUUUAGAGUUAGUUUCCGGGUUAUACCUGCUGCUGCUGCUGCUGCUGGUUAGUGAAUGCAGAGUGAAUGCAGGUACUUCCAUUAAACAGCCUGCAGAGCCUUUACAUGGAGACUGUGUGAGCAGAGCAGCUAAUUACAGACUGUCCUGAUACAGAGUCAGAGAUUGCUAUGAUACUUUGUAAUUAUUUUCUAUUUGUUGGUUAUUGUUGGAGAGGAAGGUUUCCAGUUCUGCCACCAUGUGUCACUGGGCAUACACUGCACACAAUCCAUAAACUGUUAUAUUGAUUUAUUACUGGCAUUUAUAAAGGGCCAACGCAUUCCGCAGCGCUGUACGACUGUGUUACCGAAUAUUAUUAUUCACAAUCAAUGGUUUAUUUGCAAAGACUAAUUUGUAAACAUUUAUUGUAGUUUAAAUACUGGGAGUAUUAUUGCUGUGGAGCUCUGUUAUACACUCAGACACAUUACUGGGAGUAUUAUUGCUGUGGAGCUCUGUUAUACACUCAGACACAUUACUGGGAGUAUUAUUGCUGUGGAGCUCUGUUAUAACACAUUACUGGGGUAUUAUUGAUGUGGAGCUCUGUUAUACACUCAGACACAUUACUGGGAGUAUUAUUGCUGUGGAGCUCUGUUAUACACUCAGACACAUUACUGGGAGUAUUAUUGCUGUGGGGCUCUGUUAUACACUCAGACAUAUUACUGGGAAUAUUAUUGCUGUGGGGCUCUGUUAUACACUCAGACACAUUACUGGGAGAAUUAUUACUGUGGAGCUCUGUUAUACACACAUAGACACAUUACUGGGAGUAUUAUUGCUGUGGAGCUCUGUUAUACACUCAGACACAUUACUGGGAGUAUUAUUGCCAUGGACCUCUGUUAUACACGCAGACACAUUACGGGGAGUAUUAUUGCCAUGGACCUCUGUUAUACACGCAGACACAUUACGGGGAGUAUUAUCGCUGCGGAGCUCUGUUAUACACUGAGACACAUUACUGGGAGUAUUAUUGCUGUGGAGCUCUGUUAUACACUCAGACACAUUACUGGGAGUAUUAUUGCUGUGGAGCUCUGUUAUACACUCAGACACAUUACUGGGAGUAUUAUUGCUGUGGAGCUCUGUUAUACAAUCAGACACAUUACUGGGAGUAUUAUUGCUGUGGAGCUCUGUUAUACACUCAGACACAUUACUGGGAGUAUUAUUACUGUGGAGCUCUGUUAUACACUCAGACACAUUACUGGGAGUAUUAUUACUGUGGAGCUCUGUUAUACACUCAGGCACUCUGUGUAUAUUCGGUUACACACACUCUUACACAAAAAAUGAUGGACUGAGUGAUUUAUACCUCAAGUAGGGGCUGUCACUCCAGUAAAAGGUGUGGCGGACCGCCUGGCACCCCGACCUCUCCUACUCCAGAGAGUCCAGCCUGAUAGCUCUUACAAGAGCUAGCAGUUAUAAUCCACGGGAGUAUAGUGGUAUAUCAAUCACCAGAGAAAAUAUAGCUGUUCCCUCCAAACAUGAGACAAGGCUCUAUUUUGAGGAUGUAGAGGAACUGGUUUAAUGGAAGCCAUAUGCAGCCUUGUAUGCAACUCUCCAUGCGUGGGGUUUCUGGAUACAUAUUGGACCUGAGAGGAAACUACAGUAAAAUUUACUCGUAAUUACAUUAACUCUCCGGUCCAGGACAUUGCCACACAAAACAGGGUAAUCCCUCCCUUGUGCCUGAGAGAUAAUUGAGUCAAGAACUGUACUAAAGUCAAUUCUCCCCAGGCACAGAAAACAUACAUUUUAACGAUAUCCCGAAAGUACCCCCAAAACACAUGGAGACUCCACAAAAGUCACAUCCCCUGAUAGCCCCCAUCUAAAAAUCGCCCAGAUCGGUUCAGGGGUUUGGGAUUUCCAUGUAAGUCGUAAUUUUGACAGACCGUGUAUGUUGUCCUAUGCCCAAAACAGUUCCAGGGAAUCAGGGCUAACGGUUGGUCUCUCUUUCUGGAGUACAAAAGUGCAUAACUCACAUAAACAGAGCCUUUUAACAGUCCUGAACAAGGGGCCAUAGUCCUGAGGCAGGCCCCUCCAUGAACCCGUGACGAGGUUCAGUUCGUCACAAAAGGUAUGUUCUUUAUACAAGAUGGAUUACUGGGAAAAGUAUAGCUUAGACAUUUACUGUCAAUUGUUAGGUUUGUUUUUUUCCUCCUGACCAUGCCUUUGUUUCAGCAUAAAAGUAGACAACAGGGCCUUUGAAUUAUGUGUGUCAAUGGCACUUGAAGGAUUAAGAAUUUAGUUACGGGCUGUUUACCUCUAUUUGUGUGUAUUUUUGCUUUCUUUACACAUUGUGUAGUUAGUGUAAUGUCUGCAUUAUCCACAGCAUAUUUUCCUUAGUUUGUUUAAUUUAAGUCCAGUUCCAUAUCUCAAUUUUUCUCUCUAUCUAGACUUUUUCUCUUUGGCUUUCUAUCACACUUUACCCUCACUGGAUGCUGCUGAGCUGGACCUUCAAGAGUCUCCUUCAACCAGUCAGUCUGAGUAGGUGGUUAGCACAGCGCGGUGUAAUGGAUCUUAGUGCAGUGGUCUCUCAUCUGAAUGCAUUUGCUCCCCCAGCUUUGGCAGAGAGCUGGGAUAAUGUAGGUCUCUUGGUGGAACCCACACCUCCACACAUGGUCCAGAAACUCCUGCUGACCAAUGACCUGACGGAAGAUGUGCUGGAGGAGGCGGUGGGAAUGGGUGCUGAAAUGGUCCUGUCCUAUCACCCUCCCAUAUUCAAGGCUCUGAAGCGCCUCACUUGUGGGAACUGGAAGGAGAGGUUGAUGGUGAAGGCCCUGGAGAAACGGAUAGCCAUCUACUCUCCCCACACUGCCUAUGAUGCCCUCUCCAAAGGAGUUAAUGACUGGCUCGGUAGAGCAACUGGUAAUAGAGCACUGCUUGUCUGUUUUGGCCUCUUUAAUUAUUUGCCUGUUUUUGUGUCCUUCUUCUGUGUAAUUUGGGCUAACUUUCUCUUGCAUUAUAUCCUGGAAAGCCUUGAUUCAUAAAAAUGACACUGUUGGUAAAAUUAUUGGGGGUGUUUUUUCAUUUUUAAUUUCUGAGAUGCACAUCUUACAUGCCUUCAAAAAUAAUCAAUCUAAAUUCUACAUGGUAUCUGACUGGUUUCUAGCCUCUACAAACUCUUUAAAUUGUGUGUUCCUUUCAAUCCCAAACAGUCUCUAUCUGCUUUAACCCCCCAUGUCUGCUUCUAACUGUCAUAUCUUUUUAUAACGUGUAUAUAUCUCCAGGACCAUGCGUAUCAUUACCUCUGCGUGCCUCCUUGUCGCUGUCCCACCCUGGAGGAAAUGCCCACGUCUUGGAGUUCAGCUGUGGCCUCUCUGAGAGUGUAUUAUCCAGAGUAAAAUCCCUGCAGGGGGUCUGUCUGCGCACCUUUCAAGUCAGGUAUUUCUACACUAUGAGAAUAGUACAUGUCCACUCUCUGAAUAUUCCGCUAUGAACCAUAAGCAUUAUGUAUUUUACCCACCAGCGAGGAGGGAGAGAAAAGAACCCGCGUCCGUCUCAGCUGCUCCCAGAAGGCUUUACAGCAGACUCUAUCAAUCCUAACUGAAGAUCCAUGUGUGUAUAGAAGUGUGGAGCUCCUCACCCUGCAGAAGGUCACCAUAACUACAUCUUACAGACACAUAAUGUGCCCUUUAGCCCUUUAUAGAAAAUAACCUUCUUAUCUCUCCUGCAGCCCCCUCUUCUGGACACUGGGAUGGGUCGUCUUUGCACGCUGACUGAACCAGUUUCCUUAGCAACUGCACUUGAACGCAUUAAAACUCACGUGGGCUUAAAUCACCUGCGCCUGGGCAUUGGAAGGGGCAAAACCUUGGGUGGGUGUAAUGUAUGUUUAACAUCGCUGCCCUCCCUGUAUAUGUACAGCUUGCUAUUUGUGAAUUAACAAUACGAAGAUACAUCUCAGUCCUGCAUGAAGUGAACAUCGACCACUAACUUUUCACAGAGUUUCACAAACCGAGAAACGUCUUGUAUUCCCCAGUAAAUAAUGUUCUGCCCUUUGACUAGCGUACAUGACUAUCUCUUUCUCUGCUGCUCUCUGUAUAAACAGCUAUCUAUAAUUCCACUCUUCUAAAGGGCAGUGUACAUGUGACCUCUAAGUGUCUACAAAUUAUUUUGUAUGAAAAUGUGUAAAAGUAGAAAAAUAUAAAACACUUUUUUUCAAUCCUCCUGUACUUCUCUGACUAGGCUUCUAUUCUUUUAUGCUCGUUCCUGUGCAUGCCUGGCGCUUUCCUAGAGAACUUAACGCAAGCCGUUUGCACUUAUGUGCCUUCUCACAUUUUCUGUGAACGUCUGACAGCUGUGUGUGUGUUCAAACAUUUCCCAUCAAUUGACAUGAGCAGCUUACAUGGCGUAUAGUGCCUCUAAUGCUGAUUUCACAGGGGGUUAUGGAUUGGCUGAGAUAAAUUAGCCACUUCCUUAUUGAAUGUUAUGGGUGGAUAUUUUCCUAGGUCUUUAAUAAUCAGUUUUUUUUAGUAUUACUCUUGGCUAAAAUAUAAUACAUAUAUUCCUCUCUUUCUCAGAAUCCUCAGUGAGCACGGUAGCUGUUUGUGCCGGAUCAGGGAGCAGCGUUCUCAGUGGAGUCCCUGCAGAUCUCUAUCUAACGGGUAACAACCUGUACCCCCCCAGUGAAUACCGUUUAACCUCCAUAUAUUAAUCUCUGAACCUGGUUACUCCAGGUACCAUGACAACUUCAGUGAUUUGAAGUGAUCAUGGUGCCUCAAGCCUGUAUAUGCAGCGUCUUGCAUUAAAACGCGCUUACGGAGUCUAAUCCCUCUUCUGACGAAGGUGUAACUCCGCCUCCAGCAGCGUCAUUGCAGCUCUGCAGAAGCUGGAAGUGCCUCACUGGACCAUCCGGGAGCAUUUGAGCCCAGCGGGGCAAACUGGUUUUCCCAUUACCGGAGAAACAGGCCAGAUUAUUCCUUGCAUCAUAACUAAUCCAGAUUGCAGUAAAACUCAGUGUUCCAAGCCGUGAUUGCCCACCAAGGUUGGAAGGCUAAUUAGGAAGUCCGCACACAUUAGCCAAACAUAGCAGAGGAACUGGCAAAUUGGUGCCAGCAAUUAUUUGUCAAACUGUUUAUCUAGUAUAGCAUAUACGUUUGUAAAAGGCAAUAUGUGAUGAUUUAUUAGCUGAGCACUGGUUGUUGGACCUUUUCUAUUCCAAGAAACGAUUCACUGCUCUGGGCUCUAACUAGUCCUCCUGCUGCUGUUAACUUUAAAGGAUGUCCUCUUAGGUACCAGGGUUUGGCUUAUGAAUUGGAUAAUGGGGAUAUUCCAUUGUCUCUUUGCCCCUGCAGGUGAGAUGUCCCAUCAUGAUGUCCUGGAUGCGGUGGCUGAAGGACGAAGCGUUGUUCUGUGUGAGCACAGUAACUCUGAGCGGGGAUAUCUGAAGGAGCUGCGGGUUCAGCUCGAGGAACGACUGAAAGGGAAAGUGCAGGUUGUGGUGUCCCAAACUGACAGAGACCCCCUGCAGGUGGUUUAAAGGGCGAGACUGAGAGAAUCCAAUAAAAUGCACUGUGUACGUGUC